UAUCACAACAAAUUAAAUUCAUCCAAAUGCAUUCCGCACGAAAAUUAUAAGUUAAAACAAUGAUUAUAUAGAAAAUAAGUUGAAAUCUCAAAAUCCUCAGUGGAAAAGAACGAUGACCUACAACAAACAAUGCCAGAAAUUAAAUUUAACAGAACCCGUUUAUGGAAAAAUGAAAAGGAUAAAGGUAUAUCUAUUAGACGAACCGGAUACUUGUAAUGUACUUAAUAUCAAUCCGAGAAAUUGUAGAAGCUGGUCACAGGUGUUGAAACACAUCACCGAAACUUUAAAACCGGCUUUCGGAGCUGUUUUAAGAUUGUAUGAAUUAUCUACUGAUAAAUUUAUUGAAAAUUUUGAUCAACUAACCGCUAAUAGGACCUAUGUAGCACUUGGAGCUUACGGUACGGUGAAAAAAACACCUGGACGUUACACAUUAGCCGAUAAAAGAGAAGUUUUCAAACCGAGAGAAAGAACGCAGUUGUAUUUGGGCGAGACAGAUCCUAAAAUGCAAGAUUUUCUUGACGAAACCGAAAGAAAAGGUUUAACUGUUAUUUACGUCAUGACCAAUGGUGUAACUUUACAGGUACCACAAAAAGUGGUAUUCAGAAAACAUGAACUACAAAGUUGGGAUCCCAUAAUAAGAUUUCUGGAUAAAAAGCUGGAUAUACCUGAAGGUGUCGAACGUAUUGCGACGAUAUUCGGAGACAUUUUGUUGGAACCCAGAGAAUUACAACACGGUUUCGUUUACGUAGCACUUCAACCGUUAAAGCCUUUCGUCGAACUGGACUACUUGGAAUUGUUCAAAUAUUUAUGUUCGAAUUACAGAGGUAACUACAUUUUAUCGAUCGAACCGGCUCCCAUACAAACAUCGGAAGUCGUAAGAAGAAGAACGAUGAGUACCGUCGAACCGCUGACUAGUUUUGCUGGAACAACUUCUCGAUUGUCUGAAUUUGAUAUCGAACAAAGAAAGAGCAGGACGUCCGAACGAAAAAUGAGUAUGCCCUUCAGCCGAUCUAGAGAACCCAGCACCACCUCGAAACGUUCUUUUAACCCAAAUUCAACGGCAGGGGCUAGCAGAACGGCUGCAUCAAAUAGAAAAACAAGCACCGUUUCAGUUGAACCGCGUAAAUCUAAUAUCAGUCAUAUUGAUGAUGACAAUGUUGAUCAACAAAGAAAAUCAGUAAUGUCUUAUCGUCGAAAAUCUUCUGCUAAAGGUGCUAUGGACCAAAAUAAAAUUAUUCCGACAAGACCUUCAAUAAUGUCGGAAAAACGAAAAAGUAGGACUAGUGUAGCUCCCAGAGUAUCUUAUGUGAAUAACGUCGAAGGAUACAACGAUACAGUACAACAACAAGAAUCUUUUUUAUCCAAUAAGACGGUACCAGACGAUGAUGAGGUAGAAGAGGAGUUAGCGCAACUUAUUCCGACAGAAUCAACUGCAGAACAAACAAUAAGCAAGACGAGAGCUUCGCAAACAUACAAACAGAGUAAGUCUCCAGAAAUGAUUAAUGAAGACAGUGAAUUAAUAACAGAAUCUCGAAUCAAUAAUAGAUUUAAUGGAAAAAGUGUCCAAAGUGUAAUCGAUCCCGAAUUCAAAGAGAAAAAAUCAGUAACUAAGCCGCCAACAUCCUGUCCCAAUUUUAGGGAAUGCGAUUGUCCUGAAAUUGAAUCAGAUAUUAGCGUUACCAACAUACAAAAACGCAUGAGUAAAUCAACAACUGUUAACGUACCCGGAAGCAAAAGGGCGACAAGACCGACUAUCAUGAACCAAUUACCGGAAGUCGAAUCUGUUGUUUCUGCUAGGGGUAACGAAGAAUUCGAAGACGAUUCUCCAACGUAUUGUCCAGUUUACAAAGAUUGCAACUGCGCGGAAAUUUCGAACGAAAUAGCAAGACGUAAUACCAAUCGACCUACAGCUAUUGAUAUAUCCGCUUUAGAUUGUAAGUGCCAAGACGAAGCCACUCAAAAUGAUUUAGAAAAUUCGAUGGAUGAACUUCCGGUGAAACAAAGCGCGCCAAAAAUACCAUCGAUACCAGAAAAAAAACGUACCAGUACUAUAGCUGAUAAUAAACGUGGAGAGAAACGAAAAAGCCGUACACAGGAUCAGGAAAACAGACAAUCUAGGAAAAGUCUAAGUCGUAAAUCUCUAAAUAACGAAAAUGAAUUUAACGGAAAUGCUGUACUAACAAGGGACACUGGACAAAGUCGUCGCAGCAUUCCCGGACAGAUAAUUCAAUCGAUACCAUUUCAAAUCCAAGAUUCCCGUUCUUAUAUUGCAAAUUGCGAAUGUGACAAUGUUUCAGGACAAACAACCGAAAGAUGCAAUAGAAACAAAUUGCCUGCUGAUAGAAGUGAGUUUUUCGAAGGAGGUGGUUACACAGCUGAGCAAAGAUAUAGCACAAUCAAAUUCAAAAGUCAAUCCCAAAUGUCCCAAGCUCAAAGGCGUAGUGUCUCUAAACGUUCAAUCAAUCCGUUAGAUACAGAAGACUCUGAAUAUGAAGGAAACAUCAUACAAACAGGAAACGUUGGACGUAGCACAGUUAAGACUGCACCAAGCAGUAGUCGAAGGUCUUUAGGUAAAGACGAAUUCGAUGGAGAUGAAGCCUUUAGAUCUAGACAUCAAACACAAAUGUCCCAAGCUCAAAGGCGUAGUGUAUCUAAACGAUCAAUCAGUCCAUUGGAUACAGAAGAGUCUGAAUAUGAAGGAAACAUCAUACAAACAGGAAACGUUGGACGUAGCACAGUUAAGACUGCACCAAGCAGUAGUCGAAGGUCUUUAGGUAAAGACGAAUUCGAUGGAGAUGAAGCCUUUAGAUCUAGACAUCAAACACAAAUGUCCCAAGCUCAAAGGCGUAGUGUAUCUAAACGAUCAAUCAGUCCAUUGGAUACAGAAGAGUCUGAAUAUGAAGGAAACAUCAUACAAACAGGAAACGUUGGACGUAGCACAGUUAAGACUGCACCAAGCAGUAGUCGAAGGUCUUUAGGUAAAGACGAAUUCGAUGGAGAUGAAACCUUUAGAUCUAGACAUCAAACCCAAAUGUCGCAAGCUCAAAGGCGUAGUGUAUCUAAACGAUCAAUCAGCCCAUUGGAUACAGAAGAGUCUGAAUAUGAAGGAAACAUCAUACAAACAGGAAACGUUGGACGUAGUACAGUUAAAGCUGGACCGAGCAGUAGUCGAAGGUCUUUAGGUAAAGACGAAUUCGAUGGAGAUGAAGCCUUUAGAUCUAGACAUCAAACACAAAUGUCCCAAGCUCAAAGGCGUAGUGUAUCUAAACGAUCAAUCAGUCCAUUGGAUACAGAAGACUCUGAAUAUGAAGGAAACAUCAUACAAACAGGAAACGUUGGACGUAGCACAGUUAAGACUGCACCAAGCAGUAGUCGAAGGUCUUUAGGUAAAGACGAAUUCGAUGGAGAUGAAACCUUUAGAUCUAGACAUCAAACCCAAAUGUCCCAAGCUCAAAGGCGUAGUGUAUCUAAACGAUCAAUCAGUCCAUUGGAUACAGAAGACUCUGAAUAUGAAGGAAACAUCAUACAAACAGGAAACGUUGGACGUAGCACAGUUAAGACUGCACCAAGCAGUAGUCGAAGGUCUUUAGGUAAAGACGAAUUCGAUGGAGAUGAAACCUUUAGAUCUAGACAUCAAACCCAAAUGUCCCAAGCUCAAAGGCGUAGUGUAUCUAAACGAUCAAUCAGCCCAUUGGAUACAGAAGAGUCUGAAUAUGAAGGAAACAUCAUACAAACAGGAAACGUUGGACGUAGCACAGUUAAGGCUGCACCAAGCAGUAGUCGAAGGUCUUUGGGUAAAGACGAAUUCGAUGGAGAUGAAACCUUUAGAUCUAGACAUCAAACCCAAAUACCCGAUGGUCAAAGACACAGUACUUUUAAGCAUUCAAUUAUUCCUUUGCCUAUAGAUGACUAUGGAAAUGAAGGAAAUAUCGUACCAACAGAUGUUGCUAGAUAUAGUACCACUAGUAGCCGGAAAUCACUAACUAAACGUCAAUCGCAAAUAUCGCAAGCUCAAAGGCGGAGUACAUUGAAACAAUCAGUUAUUUCAUUACCUACUGAAGAAUACGAACCUGAACGAAGCGACGGUACUAGAUGUGGUACUCUCAAUACUGAAGCACGCAAUAUUAGUAAAUAUCCAGUUGCAAGCGGAUUUCUAAAAGAAACUGAGUCUACUAAAGACGUACCUGACAGACGUCAAUCUAGUCGACAAUCACGAAUAUCUCAAAUGAGCAGUACUUUUAAAGUCCCAGCUGUGGAAAACUGUGAAUGUGAAGAGAGUAUUGAACCCACAGGCGAUACUGGAUAUAAUACAUUUAAGCCUGAUACGCCUUGUACAUUUUCAGUUUCCGUACAUCCUGUUAACUCAGAGUUAAAUAAAUCCGGAGAUUGUACGAUAAAAGUUAGACGGCAAUCACAGAUAGCUCAAGCGAAGAGACGCAGUACUUUUAAAUCACCGGUGUCAAUACUGCCUUCAGAAAAUAGAGGAUUCAAUAAAAAUAUUGACCCAAGUAGACCUGAUAAUAGUUUGAUUGGGGGGAGCAAACAAUCAGUUAACCCCAGAUGUAUCACAAUAAAAUUCAAAAGUCAAUCCCAAAUGUCCCAAACUCAAAGGCGUAGUGUAGCUAAACGAUCAAUCAAUCCAUUGGAUACAGAAGACUCUGAAUAUGAAGGAAACAUCAUACAAACUGGAAACGUUGGACGUAGUACAGUUAAAGCUGCACCGAGCAGUAGUCGAAGGUCUUUAGGUAAAGACGAAUUCGAUGGAGAUGAAACCUUUAGAUCUAGACAUCAAACCCAAAUGUCCCAAGCUCAAAGGCGUAGUGUAUCUAAACGAUCAAUCAAUCCAAUGGAUACAGAAGAGUCUGAAUAUGUAGGAAACAUCAUACAAACAGGAAACGUUGGACGUAGCACAGUUAAGGCUGCACCAAGCAGUAGUCGAAGGUCUUUAGGUAAAGACGAAUUCGAUGGAGAUGAAGCCUUUAGAUCUAGACAUCAAACCCAAAUGUCGCAAGCUCAAAGGCGAAGUGUAUCUAAACGAUCAAUCAAUCCAAUGGAUACAGAAGAGUCUGAAUAUGUAGGAAACAUCAUACAAACAGGAAACGUUGGACGUAGCACAGUUAAGGCUGCACCAAGCAGUAGUCGAAGGUCUUUAGGUAAAGACGAAUUCGAUGGAGAUGAAGCCUUUAGAUCUAGACAUCAAACCCAAAUGUCGCAAGCUCAAAGGCGAAGUGUAUCUAAACGAUCAAUCAAUCCAAUGGAUACAGAAGAGUCUGAAUAUGUAGGAAACAUCAUACCAACAGGAAACGUUGGACGUAGCACAGUUAAGGCUGCACCAAGCAGUAGUCGAAGGUCUUUAGGUAAAGAUGAAUACUAUGGAGAUGAUGUACAAAGGUCUCAAACCUUUAAAUCUGGACAUCCAUUGCCUAUAGACGAUUUUGAACCCGCGGAAAAAAUUUUACCAAUAGUCAGAUCUAGACGUAAUAAUUUCAAAUCCGAAACAAGUAUUAGUAGAAAAUCUUUCACAACUAGUCCCUCUGCCGAAAAUGCUAACGAAGAUACCGCCAGAGGACGUAGUACAAUUAAAGCUAGAUUAGAAUCGAAAAUAUCCCAAGCUCAAAGGAACACUACAUUCAAAGCUCCCGUCUCAUUAUUACCUGAUCCAAAUUGUGAUUGCGAAGAAGUUAUUCUACCAACUACUCCUAAUAGACGCACUACCACAAAACAAGUAAAGCGCAUUAGCAAAUUUCCUGGAACUGACCGACCUCCGGAAGAAUGGGGUCCUGCUCGCUCAAGAUAUGACACAAUUAAAAGUGAACUAAAAAGAAGCGUCGAUACAAAUUGUGAAUGUGAAGACAUCGACCAAAAACCUAGAAAUGCCAAUAGCACGUUUCCAUCUACUGAUCCGUACCCAGAUAACUUGGAGCUCGGGGAAUAUACUGAAAAAACAGAUUUUGUUGGAGAAGACCAAACGUAUUGUACUCAAACAAAAAAAGUGAUAGUGGACAAGUCAGCAAGUUGUCCUUUAGUUUCUGUCACGAUAUUAUGUAAAGAGGAAUGUCGUUCUAAAUCGAGCGAAGUGGGAACUAGUCAAACUGAUACAUCAUAUAUCAAUGAAAACGAACCGACCAAAAAAGACGACUCGCUUUGCUGUUGCAUGACAAACGAAAAUCAAUCGGAAAAUACCGGAAUCGUCGCGAAAUAUGUUAACGAAACUUGUGGAACCGCAAAUCAAAACUGCAGAAACCCAAAUUCCCAACAAUCUCCCGGAACACAUAACGAUUCUGAACCAUACGAAGACUUCAAAUGUAACAAAAAUGUGAAGUUUUGUCAAUUACAAAAUCAAAACGCAUUGCCGUGUGGUCAAAACAGCGUAUGUCCAAAAAACGUCAGAGACAGGAACCAAAUGUUAUCUUAUCCGUGUUCCGAAUGUCAAGAUGAACAAGAACCACCUGCCUUAGAAGGAGUCUGCGGCCGUGGACGUAUUUGUGACACCAACAAAGAUAUUGUUUUGAAACUUCAAAUCUUGUGCAACAAACACGAAGAGGAAUCCAAAGUUGUAUCGUGUAGCUGUAAAGACCAGGAAGCCGAGUUAGAACCAGAACCAGAAGAAUUGCCAGAAUUUGAAGACGAACCGGAACCGGAACCGGAUGAAUACCCGGAACCUGAAGAAGAAUUAGAAGCGGAGCCCGAAGAACGCUACGAAGAAGAACCCGAAGAUGAUUUAGAUCUUGAAGAACAGCCGGAACAAGAACCCGAAGAACAAUAUGAAUGGGAACCAGACGGAAUGGAACCAGAGCCCGAAGAACCAACAUUGGAUCAGGAGUAUGAAGAAGAUUUGAAUAUUGAACCGAAUGAAAAAGAAAGGCGUAAAACGCAGAGAAUAUCUAACAAAGGUCCCAUGCCUAUGAUGACAACCUCGCGUGCAUUUAUGAAAACUGAAACGAGGUUGAGUUGUACUCGUUGUAGGCGGUUCUGUUGCGGUUGUAGCGUACAAUAUUUCAAAUAUGGUUCCUGAAAAUAGGCAGGUUUCAGCUCAGUUCUGCGCAUUCUCAAGCAUGCGCAGUAUAGAUAAAGUGUCUCGAACGAGAGAAAAAAAUGAAUAUUGUCGGCACCGUAACGCCAACGCAAAGAUCAUUACAACCAUCCAUAUCAAGAGGUUAGUCGAAGUGCGUGUUGAGAAAAUUAGCAAAAGUUUUAAUUCUCAAAGCAAUAAAAACGACAACUAUAAAAUUUCAUUAUUUGGUACGUUAGAA